AACGUUGAAGGAAAAAUGGCUGUCGUUGCUGGAUGUAAGCAUUAUGUGCGCAGCUGUUUAUUAAAAGCGCCUUGCUGCGGUAAACUGUGUUGUCGGCUGUGCCACGAUGCAGAGGAGAACCACCAGAUGGAUCGCUUCAAAGUCCAAGAGGUGCAGUGCUCCAAGUGUCACACAGUGCAGCAGACGCAGCAGACCUGUCAGCAUUGUCAUGUGCAGUUUGGGGAGUAUUACUGUGAUAUAUGCCACUUGUUUGACAAGAAUAAGAAACAGUACCACUGCCAGUCCUGUGGAAUCUGCAGGAUUGGGCCCAGGGAGAAAUACUUCCACUGUGAGAAGUGUAAUCUGUGUUUAGCUAAGGAUUUGCGAGGAAACCACAAGUGUGUUGAAAAUGUUUCGAGACAGAACUGUCCAGUGUGUAUGGAGGAUAUUCACACUUCCAGAAUUAGAGCGAGGGUCCUGCCGUGCGGUCACCUUCUGCAUAAGACCUGUUUUGGAGACAUGGUUGGAACUGGUGCAUAUCGUUGUCCUCUGUGUAUGCACUCUGCCUGGGACAUGAAGGAUCACUGGGAACAGAUUGACAAAGAAAUCGCUCAGUCACCAAUGCCCACUGAGUAUCACGGAGUGACUGUUCGGAUUAUAUGUAAUGACUGCCAAACCCACUGUACCGUGGCCUUCCACGUACUCGGGAUGAAGUGCAGCGGUUGUGGUUCCUACAACACGGCCCAGGAUGGCGGAUUCAUCCAGCAGCCAGCGCCCGUCACUUAGAAUCACGCUGAAACGGACACUGAGCCAGAACAGCAGGACCAACCCAAGGCGCCUACGCCAGAUUAGGAUUACACGCCGAUCACUGUGGGUGACUUUUACAAUUCAACUACUACAAUAAGAUGUUGCAGUUUAUAUGACAUAAAAUUUUACACAAUGAAAUUUACAUCGAUGAGCUGCAUGCUUCCAGUGGACAGCAUACAAUCCCGGGACGCACUGGACAAGAGGCAGAGCAUGUUUCAUUAAUGUUUUACAAACUUGUGCACUAAAAAUAAAUCACAACAGCAACAUUUGUGCUGUUUUUUGUUUUGUUUUGGGGUUUUUUGACACAAAGGUUGUAAGUUCUUCUACCCUAAAAUAUGCAGAAUUCUGUGAUUAAUCUGCCAGAGCAUGAUAUCCUUUAAAAUGUAGGUCUUUGCUAUUUAGGCUCAACUGAUCCAGGAUAUGAUAGUAAUCCAUCUUAUCUGUAGUUAUACAGCGUCAAUGUAAUGAUGUAAAUCAUGAAAACUGUUUGAUACUACUUGAAAUAUGGAAAAAGUCCAUGCUCAAAAUAGCUUAUCACUCUUCUGUUGCUAUGACUACUGUAUUUUCCGGACUAGUUUCACCGGAAUUCAAGUCACGUGUCAACAAAUGCAUUAUGCAGAGGAAAACAAAACAUAGUACAUAAGUUGUACUGGAGUAUUGUUACAUUUAUUUUUGAAAUGUAUUUCACAAAUACUCCAGCAAAAAAACAUUAACAACUUUCGAACGCAAACGUAAAGAAAAUGGGAUAAAUAUCCGUUUCUUGUACUUUAAUCAUCUGAACAAUGAUGUGCAUGUAAUUUUGCAUGCAAGUCAUGUUGUGAAAUUGAGGUAUAAUGAAGCAAGGGCGCCCUCAAGUGGUGACCAGGAGGACGCUAUGCCCUCAGCUAACAUCUGAUAGUCUUU